AUGGAAGUGUUGAGACGUGAAGGUGUUUUGAUCAAACCCUGUGUGGGUAAAGAUCAUCGUGAGCUUGUUGAACUGAGCAAUCUCGAUCUAGUUGCAUGUCCAAUGUACAGCAAGGUGGUGCAUAUUUUUGAAGCUCCGACCCCGAGCACAGAGGUGUUGAAGGAAACACUGGGCAAAGUUCUGGCGGAGUUCAGAGAAUGGGCAGGGAGAUACACGAAAGACACACCAAGCGGGUGCCUUGGAAUCAAUCUGAAUGACGAGGGUGUGCUUGUCAUAGAAGUUGAAGCAGAUGGAACAAUAGCAGAUGCAAUGCCCUUCCACCCAUCUACAUUCCUCCUCAAGUUGGUGCCACUCACAUCCACCGUGGUCAAUGAGCUCUUACUCAUGCAGUUUACUCGAUUUACUUGUGGAGGGAUGGCGAUAGGCAUAGCUAGUCAUCAUCAUGUUGCAGACGGACAAGCAGCUACUUUUUUCUUGAAUUCGUGGGGGAAAAUUAUUAGAGGAGAGAGUAUUAUACCUCCAGUACAUGACCGAUCUUUAUUAAAAGCAAGAGAUCCUCCCCGCCCAUGCUUCGAUCAUUAUGAAUAUAACAAUAUGUUCCAUGAGCACUCUCCAAUGAUGUCCACUCUAACCACAAAAGAAAUUCAUUUUGAUCCAAUGUUUUUACAAAAGCUCAAGUCAAAGGUAAAUGGAUCUGAUAAAUCAAGAAAACCCUAUACUACUUUUGAAAUCCUUGUUGCCUAUAUGUGGAAAAGCAUUACCAAAGCUCGAGGCCUUGAUGGAGAUGUGCAAACCAAAGCUUGCAUUUCAGUGGAUGGAAGAAAAAGUGCUCAAACCAGUGCAUCCGAGAGAAAAAAUAGCUCUUUAGAAUUUACUGCAGAUUUGAUCCACAAGUCAAUUACUAAAGUUGAUGAUUAUUUUAUACGUUCAGCAAUUGACUUUUUUGAGUUAAGAAAGCAAAGUUUAGGACCGGCCACAAUUAGUGAUGGAAUUGAUGUGAUGCCAGUAAGUUGGAUGAAUUUUCCUAUGCAGAAUUUUCAUUUUGGAACGGGUGAGCCAGUGUAUGUAGGCCCUCCACUGAUGUUCAUGGAAGGCCUUAUAAUCUUAAUGGAUUCCUACACCAAUGUUGGAGGUGUAGAAGUUAUAGUUUGCUUGUCAAAAGCAGAUAUGACUGAACUUGAACAUUAUUACAUUCAAGUCUGA